AAUAUCUUUGCAACCUCACCUACUCAUGCCUCCACAAGAAUUCUAUAUAUAUUUACACUCAUAAACAAACCACUCAAAUCCCACACUCACAACCAGACAAAAUCCUUGUCCACCAAUGGAACAGCGCCACGUCCUCCUCGUGACGUUUCCGGUGCAAGGCCACGUCAACCCCUCCCUCCAGUUCGCAAAGAAUCUCAUAAAAAUGGGCAUCCACGUCACCUUCGCCACCAGCAUCUCCGCGCGGCGGCGCGCGGCGGAUACCAAGGGCCUAACCUUCCUCGCCUUCUCCGACGGAUUCGACGACGGCUUCAAGCUCGGCGACGACACCAACAAAUUCAAGGAAACGAUGCGAAAAAACGGCUCAAAGGCCUUGAGAGACGCCAUCGCCGCCGCAGCGGAGGAGGGCCGCCCCGUCACGUGCCUAGUCAACACGCUCCUCCUCCCCUGGGCGACGGAGGUGGCGCGUGAGCUCCACAUCCCCAGCGCGCUCCUCUGGAUCCAACCGGCCACCGUCUUGUGCAUUUACUACCACUUUUUCAACGGAUUUUCCGACGAAAUCAACGAGAAAUCGGAUAAUCCAGGCUGGAAAAUCGAAAUCCCCGGAGCUCCACCGCUAUCGAAAACCGACCUUCCCUCCUUCCUCCUCCCUUCUUCGCCCUCGGAUGCGCGUGCGGCGUUUAAGGAGCAGUUCGACGCGCUCGAUGCCGAGCCGAGCAAGCCGAAGGUGUUCGUCAACACCUUCGACUCGCUCGAGGCCGAAGCGCUCGCCUCUAUCGACCGCUACGAGCUGAUCGGAGUCGGACCGCUGAUUCCCUCCGCUUUCAGCCGCGGUGAGGAUCCGUCGGAGAAGUCGUUCGUCGCCGAUCUCUUUGAGAAAUCCGACGGCUGCAUCGAGUGGCUGAACUCGAAGCCGCAGUCGUCGGUUGUCUACGUGGCAUUCGGGAGCUUGCUGAUGCUCCCGAAGGCGCAGACGGAGGAGAUCGCGGCCGGCCUCCUUCACUCUGGGAGGCCGUUUCUGUGGGUAAUGCGAGGCGAGGAGAAGGAGAAGGAGGAGGAGGAGGAGAAACUGAGCUGCUUAGAAGAUUUGGAAAAGAUUGGGAAAAUCGUGACGUGGUGCUCCCAGCUCGAGGUGCUGACGCACCCCUCGCUGGGAUGCUUUGUCACGCACUGUGGAUGGAACUCAACUCUGGAGAGCCUGUCGUGUGGGAUCCCUGUCGUGGCAUUUCCCCAUUGGACGGAUCAAGGGACGAAUGCGAAGAUGCUAGAGGAUGUAUGGAGGACUGGGGCUAGAGUUAGAGGUGGUGAGGAUGGGAUUGUGAAGACCGAGGAGAUUUGGAGAUGUGUUGAGGAAGUGAUGGAUGGUGGAGUUAAGAGUGUGGAAUUCAGACACAAUGCUAGUAAAUGGAAGGGAUUGGCCAGAGAAGCUGCUGCGGAAAAUGGAACUUCCACCAUGAAAUUGAAGGCGUUUUUGGACCACGGGUCUUAAAUUGACAUACAUUAAUUCGACAACACAUGCAGUCGAAGGUUGGUGGAAAAAUUUAAAGAAUAGGAGACCUACUUUUAUGAGUAUAAAUUUUACACCCUCCGUUCCAAAUUUAUAGUCACAUUUAGUUAUAGCACGGGUUUUAAGAAAUUAGU